CAGUGACUCCCCUUAUCUCAGCUUGAACCACAUUUCUGGCUAAAGUGAGCUGGCAAGCUAGAUUCGAUCCCCGCAUUUUGCGAACGCGCCGGCAUUAACUCUAGGCAGACAUCCGCCUUCGUUCCCGCCUCUAUCAGCUGACCCUGUCCUUCGAGAACGCUCAGCACUGCGAGGUCGUCAGAUUGCAGACGUCACCAUGGCGAGUUCCCUCAACGCCGCAUUCCUUCUUCUUGUUCUCUCGCUCGCGCUCAUUUGCAUCUCACUGCUCCCCCUCGCAUCCGCCGGUCCGCUCAGGCGCGUCGCGCGCACGCGACCGGCGCACGACGCCUACCGCCGCCAGCGCCGGCUGACCGACGCUAUCGACCGCGGCUCGCGCCCGCCGCUGCACAUGUUCGAGACGAAGGCGCACUUCGAGGAAGAAAAACGAGAAAAGGGCGAUGCGGGCGCCAACGGCGGCGACGGCUCGUCCUCCGCGCCGAUCAAAUACUUGGGCGGCCCCGUGAUGACCGGGAGCGUGAACGUGUACUUAAUCUACUAUGGCAACUGGCCGGAAGGAUCGGGGCAAGAUGUGAUUGAGAACUUCGUUAACUCACUGGGUGCAGGCUCGGACCAGCAGGGGGAUCCGGCAGAGCCCACAGUGGAUCGCUGGUGGGCGAUCAACGCGGCGUAUUACCAGGAUGGGGAAGGCGGGAGGGAGAACGUCGGCAGCGAGGUGCAAGUAGCCGGGACUGCCUACGAUGACUACUCGGCUGGGACGAAUUUUGGCGAAAACACGGUUUGGGAAGUUGUUUCAAGCUGGAUUGGCGACGGGCAGGCUUUUCCGUACGACCCGCAGGGCCUUUACAUGCUGCUUACGAGCCCGGAUGUGACAGUCCCUGGCUACUGCAGCGAGUACUGCGGAUGGCACACCAUGGACUACAUGGGAUCCGACGCGGUUAUAUACUCGUUUGUGGGUCACCACGGGCAGUGCGCGGAGGGUUGCGGGGCGCAGAGUGCGUCGCCCAACGAGGACCCUGCGAUCGAUGCGACGGUUUCCACCAUCGCUCACGAAAUCGCAGAGGCAGCCAGCGACCCUGACGCGAGUUCAGGCUGGCUCGACGACCAACGGGAGGAGAAUGCAGACAAGUGCUCUUACGGUGUUGGAGCGACGCUCACGGAUAGCGACAGCAGUGGUAACACGUACGAGUACAAUCUCGUGGGGAUGAACGGCAUACGAUUCUUGGUGCAGCAGAACUGGGACUGGGAGAACAACAUGUGCGUGUCUCAGGGAAACUGAGGUGACGGUCCGGCACAAAAUAGAGUGUUAGCAGUAGUAUUACAAAUAAAUUAAAAUAAAGCGCUCUCAGGAUGUAAUCUGAGAGUGACAUGUCGGGUUUCGAGAGAUUUGUGUUCACUUUUCCGAAUACAUCUUGCCCUACUACUAGCGUCUGCUAAUUAUGUACUCUUGGAUCCCGUGAAUCAUGAUGCUGUUGCUAAU